AUGAAAAGAAAAACACGUACCCAUUAUUGUGUAAGUGUCAAAGAUGCAAGAAUAUACAAAAAAACAACAAAUGUUUUAGGUUCAGAAUUGUCCUAUGGUCUUUUUGAUGUUGAUUUAUCGGAUGACCUUUAUGUAUAUGACACAAUAUCGUGUCCAAAUUUCGAAUGUCCGGAACCCGAAAACCCAGAUUCAAAUACUGAUUGCUCAUGCGAUUAUACUCAGUGCCCACCUAAAUCAAGACCAUCAACAUGCACCAACCAAUGUCCAACAGAUAAAGAUCAUCCAUGCACUGGGGAGUGGGAGGUACUCCAAUUAGAUAAAGUUUAUAAUUUCUCAAUUAAUAAAACUAAACAAUUUAGAUUUAAAGCCAAUGGCUUAGAGUGCAAUGGUAUAUCAUUAAAAGCAAACUCAAUUAGUGGUUAUGGUAAUACCGAUAUUGGAUCAAGUUUAAACCUAAAUGAUUUAAGAACUAUGGGUAGAUCAUUCCAAAGAAAUAUUCAAUACAACAUAUGUCCAUCUGAUAAUAUUCAAACAGCAUCAACUACAUUCAAAAAAAGUUGGACAAGAGAUACAUAUUUCAUUCAAGUAACACCCCUUUCAAAUGUUUAUAAUUUUUCUCUGGUAUUACAUUCUUUAAAGAUUCAAAAUGUUGAUAGUUCAGUUACACCAUGUCAACUCUCAGGACCACUUAGCACAACUCAUAAGUGCUUAGAUAUUGGAACUUCUUACGAGAUAUCCGUUGGUUAUAACGAAAGAAAAUAUUUUGCAAUUAAUAUUACAAAACCGGAUUAUUAUUAUUUUAACUUUCCAAUCAUCGAUCAAACUCUUAAUAUUUUAAUUUCUGAUAAUGACAAUGUCACAAAACCAGUUCUUGGUGAAGCAACAUGGGAAUUAAUGGAGGAUACUGAAAAUUUUAUGCUUCUCUACUUGGAACCAAAAAGUGAUGGAACACCUUUAACUAUUUACAUCACAGCAGUAGCUUAUUAUCCAACCACAUAUGUAUUUUCAAUUACCAACUAUGGUAAAAAAUAUCAACAAUCCAUCUACUCAUCAGAAUCUGCUCAAGUUGGUUAUUUAAAUUUAAGAAGUACAUCCAAAUUAUAUUUAUCCAGUGGAAGUUAUUACACAACACACACCCUCUCAACAUCAGAUCUUAAAAAAACAUUUGAUAUUUUAUACCCACAAGAAGAUUUAAAUCCAUUGUGGCCAGUUUCAUCUAUUUUCGAUUAUGUCCUCUCUUCUUCAAAUUUAAAUCCAACUUUCAACACAUUCAAACCAAAUUCAUACCAAGCUUCAUUUUUACUAGAACAAAACGGCGGUUAUAUAUACACAAAGUAUUUGGAUUAUGAUUCAUUGAAAAAUUCAACUUUGGUUAUAAAUUCAAAUAUAUUUGAUAAAGAUGGAAAACCAGUUAAACUCAGUACCAAGUUUAGAGAGAUCCAAUUGGAAUGUGAUAUCGAAAAGUUUAAUAAAGCUAAUGAUAUGAUUAAGGAAAUUGAAGGCUCUUUAUUUGAUAUUUUAGAUAGAGAUAAUAUCAAUAACUAUAGAUACAAUCUCGAUUCAUUGACAAUUACCGAUGCUUGGUAUGGUUGCCAAAGUCAAAUUUUAAACUAUUUCGAAACUGAAACUUAUUUAGGUUAUAGAAGUCUUAAAAAUUGUCCAUAUGAAGCAACAAAUCCACUCUUUCAAACCAAUCCAUGUUGUAAUUCAAAACUCUCAUAUUAUGAAUGCUGUAAUCCUUCGGAUCUCCCCUUUAAUACAACAAAAAAUACACUUCUUAGAGUCGACUCUGUCAAAAAUCAAUGCUCCAGCCCAGAUUGCUCUCUUUCAGUUUUAACCGAUUUCAAUCGUUCACUUUCAACAAUUGAAGAAUGCACCAUCUCUGGCUCCACUAUUUCCAACAUCGAGUAUGAAGUUGUAACCGUAUUAAGAGAAUGCAAAAAUGAAUUAAUCUCUCCAGUUUGCACACUUGAUUCAGAUUGUGACGGUUAUGGUGCCCAUAGAUGCGAUCUUUUUAAAAGACAAUGUAUCCCAGAUUUUGAUACCAUUGAUAAAUCAUUUCUCAAAUGUGUUUUAGAAAAUCUUCCAAGAGGUGUUCUUUAUUAUCUACUCGAUAGUACAACAGCAUUUAACAGCAAGACUAUUGAUACAUUACAUAGUUAUCAUGCCACUCAAGAUUGUAUUGGUUAUCAAUCAAUUAUGGACCGUUCAACAUAUACUUUUAGCUCAGCCAAAUACGGAAAUUGCAACAAGAAUGAAGGUUGUUUAGACUCUACAUGUUUAAUUCAUCACGAUAUCUGUUAUGAUAAUAUUGCCCUCGAUAGCUCACUAAAACUAAUAUCUCAUAUUGGUAAUUGUGACUCCUUUGGAUUCUGUCCACAUUUAGAUUGCACCAAUUUAAAUAAUUCCCUUUGCAAGAGUCAAUGUAAUCCUUUAUCAUUUUGUGGUUAUUGCACUGAUGAUACAACCAAUUGUCAUGUAUUCCCAAAUCCAGAUCAGCAAUCUUGUGAGAAUGAAUAUGUUUGUUUACUUUCAGACGGUUCAUACAAAGAAGGUGUUGACAAAGCAACUUGUGAAAGCCAAUACGGUAAAUGUAGCUCUGCUUGUGGCACCACUUGCACCACCCCAGAUGGAGGAUCUUCUGGUUGUUUUAUUUUGAAAAAAAAUAAUCAAACAGAAUGUGAAUCUAGCUCUGGUGUAUGGUUAUCAAAUAGUUGUACUGCACCUAAUUUAGACCAAAGUGCUUGUAAUGCAGCUGGUAGCGGCUACUCUUGGGUUGAAUGUGCUUCAAAAGUUUACGGUGAAUGCUCUGGUCCAUUAGACAGUGUAUUUGCUUGUAAGACACAAUAUAGUAAAGAUUGCACAAAAGAACAAUGUUCCACUGUUGGUGAAUGCACAGAUUCAUAUUACUUUUCCCCAGACUCAAACUCAAAUUAUCCAAAAGGUUUGGGUAAAUGUCUCAAAAAACAUUUACAUUACUACAGUACAAUGACUUGCGAAUUUAAUGCAGAAUCAGAUUCUCCAAAUGGAUGUUUUACCUUAGUUCCAUCAUAUUUAACUAAAGCGGCAUGCGAAAAUUUUGGUGGCACAUGGUGGGUUCCAGCAAAAAAUAAAGAUGAGUGUACAUCACAAACAGGUUGCAGAGUUAUUGAUAGAUCAGAUUGGGGUAACUUACCAUACAAUUAUAAGUUUAAUGAAAUGACCAAAGAUAACUGUUCAGCUUGUAGAGAUACUCUUAACGAAUGGACAAAUAAAUUUGAAUGGACUCCAAGCACUUGGUUACCAGGCGUCUAUGUCAAAAAACAAUGGUUGGAAAAUAAAUCAUUUGUCCCAAAUAAAUUAGAAUCAAAAGUUUUCAACUACGAAAAUUUCUAUGAUAGUGUUAUGAAUGCAUUAAAUACUCAUGUUUCAGAAUUAUACCGUUCACAAGCAUUUUGCAGAAUGGAAAGAAUUCAAUCCAACUUAAACUCGUUAGCAUGCAGUUGUUUUGGUGAAGGUGGUCCACAAUGUUUCGAGUCAUCAGUCCCACUUUUAGGUCAAGCUAAAGUAUGUGCAGAAGAAUCAUCAAAAUUCACAUUUGAUUUCGGUUUACUUAAUUUUACAAAAGAUUCAAUUAGUGAAAGUUGUCAAACUCUUUCAAUCUCGCAAAUGUCCAGAGAAAUUUAUACAUCAACUGUUCCAGAUUCAUUAGCAUCAAAUUUUGUAUCAUAUAAUAAACCAGAUAAUUUUGCAAUCUACAACGAAAAGGGGGCAACUAUUGGUACAAUGAUUAGUGAUGGUGUAAUGAUAAAAUCUCAAGACGGUGUUCGUAAUGUUGAUGUAUGCUUCAAGAUAUCAGACUCAAUGAACUUUAAUGAAAAAUAUCCAACUGUCGAUUUAGCUAUUCAAGAAAAUGAAAAAGAUAAACCAACUCCACUUAGUCUUUCUAUUCAUCUUAAUAAAGAAGGCGAUGUAAUAUAUUAUUGUGGUUUUAUUGAAGAUGUUCCAAAAGGUUCACCAAUAUAUUUCCAAAUUAACCGUGCCGAUGAGUGGGAAGGUAAAAGUAAAGAGCUUUUUGAUGAAGAAACCAAAGGUUUAAUGUACGCAUUGGCUGUUAUUUUCCUUGUUGUUGCUGUUGCUGGCUUCUAUGAAUUGGGUACAUUGUUAUAUCUUUACACCAAAAAGAUUGUCACUCAGUUCCAAUUAAUUCAUUUACUCCUUGUAUUUGUAACUGGUUUCAUCUUGAUUAGAUCAAUUUAUUUCUUUUUAUUAGUUAAUGGUAAACUGUCUGAUAGUCCAGUUGCUGAUUACAUUUUAGUAGUACUACCAACUUUCAUUUAUUUCACAUCUUUUUGUCUCAUCAUUAUAUUAUGGUAUGUUAUUGUAUUUUUAGUUUUAAAGAAAAAUAGAGGCGCCGACACUCUUACCAAAAGGUUAUAUUCAAUGGUUUUCAUUAUCAAUUUGGUCCUUUAUAUGUUAUUCAUUGCCAUUGUUUUGGUCUUCCAAUAUACCAAAUAUACACCCAUCAAUGACUGCGGCUCACGUAUCUUUGUAGCAACCAAAACCUCUGCAGCUCAAAGGGGUGUUAGUAUUGCUUAUGCUGUUAUUCAAGCAUUCAUCUCAUUAUUACUUGGAACAGCUUUCAUAUAUUUAGGUAGCAGUUUAUAUAAACGUUUACAUUUUGGAAAUGUUAAUACUGGCUCUAAAACAAAUCACCAAACAAAGGUCUUCAUUCUUUCAAUUAUUUGUUCAAUUGGUUUCCUUCUUCACUGCGCAUUUGUAUUGGUUUUAGUUUCAGAUUUCAAUUCAAUAGUUUUUAGUUUUAUUGGUUUAAUUAUUACAGAAAUUAUCCCUGCCAUUGCUAUCCUUUACUGUUUCAAUCCACGUGAAAAACAAAGAGAUAAAAACGGAAAUACUCUUGGUAAUUCAACAACAACUGGCCGUUCAACAAAACUCUCCAAAUUUGGUGGUAAUGAAUCACCACAUGAAUCACAAGCUUCUUCAUCAAACGAAAAUUAG